AUGGAAGUAAUAGAGGAGCUUGCAUCUAAUGACGAAGGAUGGAGCAACGAAAGAAGUAAGGUGCAUAGGGUAGCUUCUACUUCAGAUCAUGAUCCUAUGAGCGCCCUAUCCGACAAGUUGGAUGCGCUGACCAUGAAAUUUGACUGCAUGGCAAUGGGGCAAACGGUGGAGGAUAUAAUCAGUUCGGGGAACAAGGGGCAUCCCAAUCUCUCUUAUGGGAACCCCAAUAAUGCUCUGCAACCACCGCCGGGGUUCACAGUUAGUGAUGGAGUGGUUAAUGAUCCAAAGAAGAUGACCACGGAAGACAUACUCAAGUCUUUCAUGCUACAGUCCAACAAGCUCAUAGAGCAGAACAAUCACAGGAUGGGGAAGGUUGAGACAGAUGUGCAAAGUAUGGCCACUCAUCUGAAGAACAUCGACACACAGAUCAACCAGAUUUCCCAGACUGUGAGUACUAUUACUCAAUCGGGAAAAUUUCCUUCGAACACCAUCAUAAAUCCCAAAGAUUGCAAAGCUGUGCAGUUGAGGAGUGGAAAAUGUUAUGAGGGACCUGCAAUGCCAUCAGAGGACAGAGUCAUGGAAAAGGCACCUGAAGGCACCGAGACAGUACAUAUUACUUCCCCACCUAAGGAGAACGUGGUUCCAACUCUACCUACACCACCUGAAGCUCACACUCCCACUGACGUGAGGAUUCCCUAUCCUCAACGUGUGCAGAAGAAGAAGACAAAUGCACAGUUCUCGAGGUUCUUGGAUAUAUUUAGGAAGGUGCAGAUAAACAUCCCAUUGGUGGAGGCACUACAGCAGAUGCCCAGCUAUGCCAAGUUUCUGAAGGAUGUGGUUUCCAACAAGAGGAGAUGGAUGGAGUAUGAGACGGUGAAUUUGACUGAAAGCUGCAGCGCCAUUAUUCAGAAGUUGCCAGCUAAACUGAAGGAUCCGGGAAGUUUUACCAUCUUUUGCAUAGUGGGAGAUUGUCAAGAAGGGAGAGCUCUAUGUGAUCUGGGGGCGAGUAUCAAUCUGAUGCCUUAUUCGUGUUUCCAGAAAAUGAAGAUUGGAGCGCUCAGACCCACUACUAUAUCACUGCAGAUGGCUGAUAGAACAGUGUCAUAUCCGAAGGGGAUUGUUGAAGACAUACUUGUCAAGGUCGGGGAAUUUAUUUUCCAGUCGACUUUGUAG